AUGUAUACACUCCUAUCAGGGCUUUAUAAAUACAUGUUCCGAAGAGAUGAAUACUGCAUCCUAAUCCUGGGGCUGGACAAUGCAGGAAAGACGACUUUCUUGGAGCAAACGAAAACCCGAUUUAACAGAAACUACAAAGGAAUGAGUUUAUCCAAAAUCACCACUACCGUGGGCCUGAAUAUUGGUACCAUUGAUGUGGGCAAAGCUCGCCUUAUGUUCUGGGAUUUAGGAGGGCAAGAGGAAUUGCAGUCUCUUUGGGACAAGUACUAUGCUGAGUCCCAUGGGGUCAUCUAUGUCAUUGAUUCUACUGACGAAGAACGACUCUCAGAAACCAAGAGAGCAUUUGAGAAAAUGAUCACCAGUGAAGUGCUGGAGGGGGUCCCUAUAUUGGUCCUGGCCAAUAAGCAGGAUGUAGAGACCUGCUUAUCUAUUCCUGACAUCAAGACUGCAUUCAGCGACUGCAUUAAUAAAAUUGGAAAGAGAGACUGCCUGACACAGGCUUGUUCAGCUCUCACAGGCAAAGGGGUGAAUGAGGGCAUCGAGUGGAUGGUGAAAUGUGUCGUGAGGAACAUCCAUCGCCCCCCUCGACAGAAGGACAUCACGUAAGGCCAGAGGAGCACUACUGCUGUGCUUGGACAGCUGCCCCCAGCGCAGAUUCUACCCACACUCUUUGUCCAGGGAACAGGGCCCAGGACUUGUCAUCGAUUGGAUUCUUUUCUUUUUGAUUUUUUAUUUUGUUUUUGUUUUUGUUUUUCCUAAGACAAACUUUUUGUCUCUAUCCAGAAAAAAAAGGCAUUUUGAGGAUUCUACCUGGGGGUUGGAG